AUGGCUUUCGUCGAUACAGGCAUCACCGAGCCUGACUUUCAACAAGGCCACCGUGUCCUUGAUGCUGCUUCAGUUUGGCUUCGGGAAGCAUCUCGCGAUGGGAAGCGCGCCAUCGACCGGAAGAGCAUGAGCAGCACCUACGGAGGUUCUUUGUCUGCCAGAGCGCUGAACAAGAUGUCCGAUCCUGCGCAGAAAAUCGUCGUAUCAGCCGGUGGCCUCUCCGCGAGAGAUUCUUGGCGAUUGGCCAAGGAGCCGGCACCCAAGCAAGGCGGUCUCCUCCUGCCAUUGACAGCUGACGAGCGCAAGUUGCAAGACUUGGUUCAGUCCAUGGCGAGCAAGGCGGCGCUGCGGUUCGCCUCCAUCA